AUGUUUGUAUCCAUGCUGUCACUUAAGAGACAUUUACUCUGGAUUUUCAAGAGGUCUAAAAAGUCUAUUGUUGAACAGCUCGAGGAUAUUGAUGACGAAAUCUUAGAACUGGAGAGUGAACGAUCCAAGAGUAUUGAUUCAGAAAAGAAAUUCGCAUACAGGCUUAUGUUCUACGCUAUAAUAAUCUUUGGUCUAAGCUUAAUCCUUGUUUAUUACUAUUACUGGCCACAAACAUUGGGAGGACAAAUCACAGUAUCCCUGAUAUUCUCUCUGUAUCUGCUUUGCAUAUUGCUGUUGAAAUAUUUUGUCCGGAUUAUAUUCACGAGACGCGUUAACAGGACAAAUGAAAAAUUGAAAAAGCUGCGUGCAACGAAACAAAAAUUGUUAGAUGAUGUGAGGGAGAAAGAGCCAUACAACAAGGCGCAACAGAUUCUGAAGCGUUUUGAUCCAUUAACAUUUGCUUGCAUAGCUGCAGAGGAAAGAAAGCUUGCAAGGCCUGGCUUUGGCUCCAUGAUCAACUUGGAAUCCUCCCAGUCAGAAAUACGACGUCGAAAUACUUGCGACGCUGCUGCAGACCAAAGUGUGCCUACACAACCAAAUGGUUCCGUUCAGGCACCAGCAAUGAACAAACCACGUUUGAUAAGACCACUUUUGCCUAGAGAACGUUCAUUAGUUGAUAGACUGUUGGAUCUAUUGGUCGGUGAUGGUCCUGAUAAACGGUUUGCUCUAAUCUGUGGCGAAUGUGCUGCGCAUAAUGGAAUGGCUUUAGAAGAAGAAUUUGAAUAUUUAGCAUUUCGGUGUUGCUACUGUAAUCAUUUUAAUCCAGCGCGUCGUUCCCGAUUACAGACCUCAUUGGCAUCAAGGAGUAUUGGCAACUUGGAUCCAGUCAAUUCACAGUCGACACCUUGCCUACUAAGUGAACCUAGCCCCACAGGUUUACUGGAAACAAUGGCAGAAGAGGUGACAAGAAUCUCAGGCGACGAUGGCAACCUCAUGAAUGAGCAUAAUGAUGACGGCAACACUAGGAUUGUUGAUGUCCCCCGGAAUGCUAUCACAGCUAAUGGAGACGAUAAUGCUGAGGAUGAUGUUGAUAAUAAGAGUGACAGUAAUAAAGGACAUCUAACAAAUGGAUUCACCAAAGAUGUGGGUUUACACAAUGCUGACAGCAGUAGUAAUAGUGAUGGUGUGGAGGUUAGUCAUCCUAAUUGUGAUAAUUAA